AAUAAUUCAAAUUAAAUUAAAUAAUAACGGCCAAAAAAUGGAGCAAAUCACGCACUACUUUGAGCACAUGGAUUACGUGUCCUUCGGGGUCAUAGCUCUGCCGUGCGUUAUCAUCGCCGUCUACGGAUUUCUGCAGGUGGCCAGCGGCCUGGCCAAAGGCAAAAAUGACAACAUGCAACGUUACAACAACAACACCAACAACAACAACAACAACAGCCAAAACAAUAACAACAACAAUAGCGGCAACAACAGCAACAGCAAACGCUGCGCACAGAAAUACGCCAAUGGCAACUUAGCAACGGCUGCUGGCCAUGGCCCAGCAGCAACAGCAACAGCAGCAGCAACAGCAGCGGCAACAACUGCAAGCAAUAAUUACCAGCAGCGCAAGUCGCGCUACAACAACAAGCGUCAGGAUGUGCAAGGGACCGCCGCCGCCGCCGCCGCCGCCGCCGCUUACAACAUGCAGAAGCGCACAAAUGCUGCUGGCAACGAUUCGUCCUGGCACCGUUUUGUUAGUUCUUCAUGCAUCGAAGAGAAAUACCUGGGCCAACACAAUCCUGGACAUCGCAACAGCACCAGCAGCGAGGCGACCAGCGAGGACAUCAACUCGAGCGACGAGCACCUGAACCUGAAGCCCAAAUGCCGGCCGGCCAACAACAGUCAUCCACUUGGCGGCAACAAUGGCAAUGUCAAUGUGAAUUGCAACAAUGGAGCCGCCGGCUGCGGCAGCAAGUCGCGCUCCAAGCGGCAGCAGAAGGCGCAGGCCACGAAGCAGGCAUUGGCCAGACAGACGGGACAGGCUCAGGCUCAGGCACAGGCACAGGUGCAGGGGCAGGCAAUACUGGAGCAGUGUGGCAAGUCGAAUGGCAAGUGCAAGCAGGGCAAGUGGCGCAACAACAACAACAACAACAACAACAGCAGCAGCAGCACCAACAACUGCAAUCAGAAGCGAGGCAACAAUGGCAAAGCCAAGCAAAGCAAAUGCAACAGCAGCAACAACAAGCCGCACAAUGGCCACAACAACAACAACAACCAGAACAGUAACGACAACAACUGCAACAACAGCAACAUUUCAAGCAGCACGAAAUGCGGCGCCAACAGCUCGAACUCCUCGUCGGCGCUCAGCUCGCCGGGCAGCUCGCCAAAUGGCAGCAGCUGCAGCAGCAUACGCAGCAGCAGCGGCAACAGCAGCGGCAGUGGCAGUGGCAGCAUCGGCAAGCAUGCCCCAAACUCUGUUGUCGGGUGGCAGCGCGAGGAGCGGCAGCUUCACAAGGUGCAGCGCCAAAAUGUUAACUUUCUGGUGCCGCCGCUGCGGCAAUACGAGCGCCUGGACAUCGAUGACGGGGCGCUGUUGCGCCAGCUGCGUCGCUACUUGAUCGAUCAGAAUUUGCUGCGCGUCUACGGCUUUCCGGUGGCCAGCGUGGUGCACGAUGGCGCCAUUGAGAUCUUCAAAUGUUUGCCGCACAUGAGCUUCGCCGCCGCCCAUGUGAUGGCCGUCACGGAGACGGCUCUAACGGUAAUCAAUUGCCAUGACGGACUCACACUGAACCCCAGCAAUUUCGAGGAACCGAACAUUGAGGCCAACGAGCAGCCUCCUUGCGACGUUAGCAGCAGUAGCAGCAGCGACAGCAGCGACAGUCCAACGGCAACAUCCACAGACUCGGGCAACAUAUCGCCACGCUCACUGGACUCCGAGUCGGGCGGGGAGUGGAGUGGCAGCGAGUGCGAGUCGGCGCCAAGCGCUGAAAGCGGCUACGGCCUAGAGCUGUAUUGCAACUAUGCGCUCGUCGAGCGCAGCUUGGCUAAGCAGUGCGUCCGCUGCAAGCGGGACUUCCUGGUCGACGAGCUGAGCGGCCAGUACUUGACGCGCGAGGAAUGCAGCUAUCACUGGGGCAAAUAUCAUCGCUGUUAUGAUGGCAGCGCCUGGAUCAGCCGCUGGACUUGCUGCAAUGCCGGCGAGGAGUCGACGCUGGGCUGCACACGGCACGAGCUGCACGUGUGGACGGGUUCGGUGGUGGGCGUGAAUGGACCCUAUCACGAUUUUGUCCAUACACGACCGCGUGCUGCAUUAUCAGCGCGCAGCCGGGAGCCGCCCGCCGUCUAUGCGCUCGACUGCGAGAUGAGCUAUACGGGCCGCGGCCUGGAUGUGACCAAGGUCUCGCUGGUGGCGCUUAACGGUCAGCUUGUGUACGAGCAUUAUGUUCGACCCGAUGCCGAUAUUGUUGAUUACAAUACACGCUAUUCGGGCGUUACCGCCAAGGAUCUCAAGUCGAGCGGCGUCAAGACGCUCGCCGAGGUGCAGCGCGAUCUGCUGGAGCUGAUCGAUGCCGAAACGAUACUGAUUGGACACGGCCUGGACAACGAUUUGCGUGCUCUGCGUAUUGUGCACAAUACGCUGAUCGAUACAUCCAUCGCGUUCCCCCACACCAGCGGCUUCCCCUAUCGCCGUGCCCUACGACAUCUGACCAAAACGCAUCUGAAUCGGGAGAUCCAGUGCGGCGAUGGCGCCACCGGGCACAGCAGCUUCGAGGAUUCGCGGGCCUGCAUGGAGCUAAUGUUGUGGCGUGUUCGGCGCGAACUCAAUGCAAAUGCCACAAGCUGGGAUGAUUAGCGUGCGGCGGGUUCAACCCUUCUUGCUCGUAUUAUCCUAACAGAACUGUGGGCGGGGCCACCAAGUACUUUUUAGUCUGUAAGACGUUGCUAGUUAUAGUUCAUUUUUGGGGCGUACCCGCACUGGUCGCCUCUUGUAUUUAAUCUCAGCCUAUGUUUGUUUUGUCCUCCUGCGGCCGGCACUCUCACCCCGCACCCCAAACGCCUCCCUUAUUCACCAUCCCUCAACCGCAGCGUCAUUUCACAAACCGCCAACAGCAACAAGAACAACAACAACAACAACGAAAAAUGAGCAUAUGCUCCUGGCCGUGGCGUUGCAAUCUGGCGAUGUGUGUCUGUGUGUGUGUGUAUGUGUGUAUGUGCAUGUGCGUGUGCGUGCGGCAGCGGAGCGCAAUGCGAACUGAAAAAGAAACCCAAAACAACAAAAAAAAAAAAAAACAAAAUAACUAAAAAAAAUUAA